AGGUUAGGUUAGGAACAUUAGAAUUAUUAAUCUAUGGUUAGAAAAGUUCUAAAUACUUGAAGAAAUUGCUUUUGAGUUUUAACUUUUAAUACAUUUAAUUCGUUUCCGGUUUUCAUUCGGUGCGGAUCGUAUUGGUUGUGAUUCUGAUAUUUCAAUUCGUGUUAUAUUUUCAAAACUUGCAAAUUAAAAUAUGAGUGAUAACUGGGAUACUUCGUGGGAUACUCCGGCUCCAGUCAAAGGACCUGAGCAGCUCCAAAACAAUGAUUGGGGUAGUGGCGCCUCACAAACAUUUACCAACUCGAACCGAAGAGGUCAUGGAGGCGGUGGCUUUAGGGGCCAUGGUGGUGGUGACAGAGACAGAAGGGGACACCGAGGCAGAACUAACGACCGUGGGGGUUGGAAAAACAAUGACCAAAGAGGCUGGGGUGGAGAUAGUGAUAAGAGGAGUGACAAUGGAGGAAGUUGGCGACAGCAACGCUCAAACAAUUGGGAAAAUAACAGCAGUGUGCAAAUGAGAAAUAGAGAAGCUGAGAAGUGCGAGGUCAUUAAGGUGCCUAGCAGGCUUGUUGGGAAGAUAAUUGGAAGAGGCGGAUCUCAAAUUGAAGAACUUCAAAUGCGAUCAUCUGCUCGAAUAAACGUCACGAGAGACGUUGAGGGGGAUGAAACCAUCAUAAAGAUCCAUGGGGACGAUCAAACCAUUAAGAGAGCGAAGGAACUUAUCGACGAGGUUAUAGAGGAGAGACCCAAGAGGGCUCCAGUCCAAGAAGCGCCACAAAUGGAAAUUAAAUCUGAGAGUAAACCAGAGCCCUACAACUGGUUCAAAUAUCUUAAGGAAUGUGAUGCCCAAGUUGAGGCCGAGUGGAAUAAGCUGCCACCUAUAGUAAAAAAUUUCUACCAAGAACAUCCUGAAGUCACUGCGAUGAGUGAGGAAGAAGUAGAGGAAUUUAGACUGCAGAAUAAUAAUAUUGUGGUGGAUAGAACAUUUAAAAAACCAGACAGCAUCCCUAUCCCAAAGCCAGUCAAAACGUUCGAGCAGGCCUUUCACAAUUUUCCAGAAAUCCUGGAUGAAAUCUAUAAGGCAGGAUUCGAGAAACCAUCCCCGAUUCAAAGUCAAGCGUGGCCAGUGCUCCUGUCUGGAGAAGAUUUGAUUGGAAUCGCACAAACUGGAACAGGUAAAACUUUGGCCUUUUUGUUGCCCGCACUGAUCCAUAUUGACGGGCAAACUAUUCCAAGAGAGGAGAGAGGGGGACCCGCUGUGCUCAUUAUGGCGCCCACGAGGGAGUUAGCUUUGCAGAUCGAUAAAGAAGUAAAAAAGUAUUAUUAUAGAGGUAUAACAAGUGUUUGCGUUUACGGUGGUGGCGAUCGGAAAGGCCAAAUCGACGUUGUAUCCAGGGGUGUAGACAUUGUUAUUGCCACUCCAGGAAGAAUGAACGAUCUCAACGAGGCAGGUCAUUUGAAUGUCCGGAGUGUCACGUACGUAGUCUUAGAUGAGGCCGAUAGAAUGUUAGACAUGGGUUUUGAGCCUCAAAUCAGAAAAGUGAUGUAUUCACUAAGACCUACGAGGCAGAGUAUCAUGACUAGCGCCACCUGGCCACCAGGAGUGAGACGUUUGGCAGAUUCUUACAUGAACGACCCCAUUCAAGUCUAUGUGGGUUCAUUGGAUUUGGCAGCCACCCAUACAGUCACCCAAACUAUACAAAUAUUAGAGGAAAAGGAUAAAGAAGAGACUUUCUUCGAAUUUAUUUCAAAUAUGGCACCGGACGACAAGAUGAUCGUGUUUUGCUGCACUAAAGCUAAAGCAGAUUAUUUAUCGGUAGAAUGUGCCAUGAAAAAUAUUUCUUGUGCAUCUUUGCAUGGUAACAGAGAUCAGUGUGAUCGGGAACAAGCCGUUAAGGAUAUCGGAGACGGAACUGUUAAAAUUUUGAUUGCAACGGAUGUGGCUUCGAGAGGAUUAGAUAUCGAUGACAUUACGCAUGUGCUAAAUUAUGAUUUUCCUAAGAAUAUUGAAGAAUAUGUACACCGAGUGGGCAGGACGGGCAGAGCCGGCAAGUUCGGUGAAAGUAUCAGUUAUUUUACUAGGAACGAUUGGGGACAGGCGGCAGAAUUGAUAAAAAUUCUUGAAGAGGCGCAACAGUAUGUGCCAGAAGAAAUUUACAGCAUGGCCGAGCGAUUCGAGGCUAUGAAAGAACGUAGAGAGAAAGAGGGUACGUCUGGGCGUGGUCGAGGAUUCGGAGGCAGAGGGGGAGGAAGAAGAUGGUAAAUGCCUAAGUAAUCCUAGGUUGAAUCUCUUUUUUUCUAAAUUAGCUUUUAGAAUCUAAUCUUAAUUUAAUGAAUUAUCCAUAUUUAGAAAUCCUUUAUAUUUUCUUUCAUUCAGUUUUAAGAUUUUUUGUAUGGCAUACGCGAAUAAGUACUUUGUAAUAAAAUAUUCAUUUAAUUAAUAUAUUUAUUAAGUUGAAUGACAGUAUUAAAGAAAUAAAAGUUUUUGGAAAAAA